AUGACUCCCUCUGACCUCGCUCGAUCUCCUUGCCCUCAUACUCCUCCCUUGCCCGUCUCUGCCCCCGACCAGAGUAAUGACAUUGACCUCCCCGAUGCCGACGACCUGGAAGAUCUCAAGAUAGCUGCUCACAAGAGGCAGGACUCCUUCAGCUCCCAGGCUCACUCCCAUUCUCGCUCCAGCAGCAUCGGAGGCGCCUCCUUUGGCUCCAUCGAGGAAGACAAUACCGGAAUCGCCCAGUCCUUUCUUGACACUAAGGAAAACAAUUCUUCUGGUGAUAAGGCACACACCGCAAACUGUUCGGCCGUCCAGGUCCAGGAGCCCAAGGCUCAGAUUCCCGACUUCUGCUGCCCAUGUGGCACCUUUCGAGGAUGGAAACAGAUUCGUCUUGGGGGGAGGAAGCAGAGCAGAAGCUACAGUGACUUACGGCUCCUUGGAGGAGCUCAGGCAAGAGGAUGGGCAUGGGAAGAGGAAAUCCCAGAUCUGGCACCGCCAAAGGUACGGGAGCAGCAGCAGCAUCAUCAGCAGCAGCAACAAAAGGAGCUACGCCCACCUCUCAGAGAGAUCAAGCGAGCCUGUCUUGAGAGGCUGCCGGUAGAGAUACUGGAUGAGAUCAUAUCGUAUCUGGCUCUGGAUAUCCCACCAAACGGAUACACUCCUCGCAAUGUAGACUUGAUAUCAUGUCUGCUGACCUGCCGCACUCUGCACUCUGCCACCUUGGGAGUGCUCUACAGGCACAUCACCUUUCCCCACUCCAUCAUCUUCUCCAAGGCUCUCAACCAUAUUCGCCAGUAUCCCUCUCUAGGCACAAUUGUUCGACGGCUGGACUUCUCACAUUUCACUUCCGUCGGCCUCGGACGCACUCAGCAAAUGAACGUUGAGAUCCAAAACCUCACUUCCAAGACUCUGCUGCAGUGUCUAGAUCUGCUGCCAAAUCUCAAGGAGUUGCUUCUCCAGGAACACGUUGAGGACGACGUAGACGGAGAUGUUGUUCGCAAGAUCUUUAUCACCAAGACUCUUCUCCGGGCAAUCGACUUCUGCGGCUGCUCGUCUGCAAAAUUCUCCUCUGGUUUCCUCAGCGCUGUCACUCAGGAGCCCAACUUCCCCAGUGUCCUUCCUAACCUUCGUCGCCUAUCUCUCCAUGAGUGUACUGGUCUGCCUGACGAGGCCUUCCAAUCUCUUCUACCACGACUCACCAACCUCACCCAUCUCGAUGUUGCCCAUACGCAGAUAAGCAACAGCACCCUCUUCUUGAUCCCAUACACCGCUCGAAUCACUCACCUCAACAUCUCAAGGUGCACCAAACUUACCGGCCCAGAGGUCGUCAGGUUCCUCACCACUCAUCCAGCAGUAACAUCCUCGCUAGUCUACCUUAACAUCAUGGUAGACGCUUCACGACACCGUAUCCUUGAGGAGGCUGAUGUACCAAACCUCCUACCACACCUCACCUCCACCCUCCGCUCUCUAAACCUAGGGGGUGCCCGUAUCUCUUCUGCCCACAUGCCUGACCUUCUCAGGCUCUCCAAGCACGUCGAAGAACUCGGCUUAUCCUCUGCAGACCUCACUCUAGAUGACAUAAACUCCUUCUUUGCCCCUCCACCAGAUUCCUCCACCGACUCAUCCACCCCGACCCCCUGGCAGCCUUCUCACCUUCGCUACCUCGACCUGACUCGUAACCCUUAUCUGACACAGGCUGCCCUUUUCAACUCCAAAUCAUGUCUGCUGGUCACUCCUCAAAGUUAUCCACUGCUAGUUAUCGAGCUGAGUGAACGAAUCAUCGCUCCGCUGCGCACGCGUAGCAAGUCUAGCAACAACCGUAGCGGAUGGGUGGUUCGUGAACUGGGCAGGAGAGGCUGGUAUGUUCGUGAACCAAGCGGUGAUCCUGCUAUGCCUAUUGAUGAUGGUCAGAGAAGCUGGAAGAUGGGAGCACAUUGGUGGGGGACCAGGAAGAUUCCUGUCUCUGUGGGUGAUGUCGGUGGCAUCUAUGGACAUUAUAUGUUCAAGAAGUGA